CCGAUAUAUGACAUGUCAUCUGAAGGUUUUAAUAAAGUUCAAUUAAAACCGGCUUUCGCAAUAAUUAUCCGGUUUUUUAUAAUGAUGUGUUCGUAUUAGUGUGCACAGGAAUCAAAGAUGUGGCAUAAAAGGAUUUGUGCAAUAUAUUUUAUAAUAGUAACUAACAUACACAUAGAAGCUGAAUUACAGUUAAAUGUAACGUCAGGAAUAAAACGGUUAGAUCAACCAUGGGUUUGGUCAGAGGAAGUAACACCCAAAAGUAAAAGUGGGCUAGGGGCUACGCAUACAACAGAGGAGCCGACCACUGAGAGCAGUGACAAUCCAUGUAGCCUUUACGAACCGCCGAGGCCUGAUUUCAGAGCACCGGGCCGCAGAAUCAGCGAAACAAAAUGUUUAGAAUAUAUCUGGGAAAGAAAAAAUAGAGAAGAUCAAACUUUGAGGAACAAUAAAUGCUUGGCGUACAGGCUGACGCAGAAAGGGCCCAAUAUUCCUCACUUUGCCAUAGGCGGCAGGAACGCUUUGCCGGGAGAGUUCCCUCAUAUGGGCGCCCUUGGAUGGAGAGCUGUAGUAGGGACGUGGAUAUUCAAGUGUGGAGCCAGUCUGAUAAGCGCCAAGUUCCUGCUGACUGCGGCACACUGCUCAAAAGCUACACUUCGUGAUAGCAACAUUGUAAGCGUUGAUCCAGAAAUCGUUAGACUGGGGGACAAAAAUAUUAUAGAUACGUAUGCUAAUGGUAUCAAUCCAGUUGAUGCAAAGAUCCUAAGAAUUAUUGUGCACCCUCAAUACAAAGCACCCAAGAAAUACUUCGAUAUAGCUAUCAUAGAAUUAGCGGAAGAAGUGUGGUUCUCGAGCAACGUACAACCUGCAUGUCUGUGGAACAAUUAUAAUAAUUUACUAUUAAUGCAUGGGAAUUCAGCUACUUUGACCGGAUGGGGAGUCAUUGAGACGGCAACAAGACUAACGUCACCAAUACUUCAAGCGGCCGUUGUAGACAUCAUCGAUUCAGAGCUUUGCGAUGAUUUGCUGAGGCAGUCCUGCAACCGGCAGUGGUGCGGAAUACAGGAACAUCAAAUAUGCGCAGGGAAAUUAGCUGGAGGAGUCGAUGCUUGUCAGGGAGAUUCUGGAGGGCCGUUGCAAGUGAAAAUAUCUCUGCCACCUUCACCAGAGGGGUCAAUGCAUUUUGUGAUCGGAGUCACUUCGUUUGGAAUCGGGUGUGCUCGGCCCAACCUGCCCGGCGUCUACACCAGGGUCUCCAGCUUCGUUGAUUGGAUUGAGGGCAUUGUUUGGCCUGAAAGCUGAUAAAUUCAAAUAAAAAAUGAU